GGACCCUCUGGCGCACAGGACUAUGCGGCAUGCACACAGCUUUCAAAGGAGCUCAGAUGGACAGACACGGAAGAGCAGCAUCACGCAGCCGCCUAAGUGUGCGGCUCUGCAGCCUGUCUUCAUCCUGGGGAGGUGUCCUGGGGCCAGAAGGUCCAGACCCGGCCCCUGGGUGGCAGCCCCACAGGGCUUAGAGGACUGACAGCGGCUGAGCGCGGGGCUCCUGCAGGGAGGGUCCGGACGGGCGACACAAAGGGCCGCAGCUGCUGCUGCUGCGGGAGCCUCCGUGCCGCUGGAGUCUCAACAGUUAACUGUCCGCAGGCAGAAUUAGUGGCCACAGCCGAGGGCUCCUGCUUCGGGGACAGCCAACCCGAGGCCCUGGGGGAGCCGGCGGGCAGGCAGCCCUGCAGAACACCAGCGGUCCGUGUCCCUGCCGCGGCCAGCGGCGGGCGGCCGGCCCAAAGAUGGAGCCUCGCAGCCUUUCUUUGUGCGCCCAGGACGGGCGUUCCUGGAGGCAGGUCGCCGCCUCCUGACGCCGGCGCGCUGGCGGGCGACAGCAUGACCUUAAGUCUCAUCUCCUUGCUGUCCCAGGACAUCUCCGGGCUGUGGCUGCUCCUGAAGACCAGCACAGAUGAAAUCAUGCACCAGGACAUCACCCCGCUCUGUGCUGCCGACAUCCAGGACCAGCUGAAGAAGCGCUUUGCUUACCUGUCGGGUGGGCGGGGGCAGGACGGGAGCCCCGUCAUCACCUUCCCGGACUACCCGGCCUUCAGCGAAGUGCCCGACAAGGAGUUCCAGAAUGUCAUGACCUAUCUCACCAGCAUCCCCAGCUUGCAAGAUGCUGGCAUCGGAUUCAUCCUGGUCAUAGACCGAAGGCAGGACAAAUGGACCUCCGUGAAGGCGUCAGUCCUGCGAAUAGCAGCAUCCUUCCCGGCAAACCUCCAGCUCGUCCUUGUUCUGCGACCAACAGGAUUUUUCCAAAGGACUCUCUCUGACCUCGCUUUCAAAUUCAACAGAGAUGACUUUAAGAUGAAGGUUCCAGUCAUAAUGCUGAGCUCAGUACCAGAAUUACACGGUUACAUCGACAAGUCCCAGUUGACCGAGGACCUGGGCGGGACCCUGGAUUACUGCCACACCAGGUGGUUGUGUCACCGCACAGCCAUCGAAAGUUUCGCCCUCAUGGUUAAGCAGACGGCCCAGAUGCUGCAGUCCUUCGGGACCGAGCUGGCAGAAACAGAGCUGCCCAACGACGUCCAAUCGACGAGCUCGGUGCUCUGUGCACACACGGAGAAGAAAGACAAAGCAAAGGAGGACAUGAGGCUGGCGCUGGACGAGGGGCAGAGCAUCCUGGAGAGCAUCAGGGAGCCUCUGUCCAAGAGCCCGGAGCAGAGCCUGAACCAGGACCAGCUGGACAACCAGACCACCGUGCAGAGGCUCCUGGCCCAGCUGAAUGAAACUGAGGCUGCCUUUGAUGAGUUUUGGGCAAAGCAUCAGCAAAAACUAGAACAGUGUCUGCAGCUCCGGCAUUUUGAGCAGGAUUUCCGAGAGGUCAAGGCCGCCUUAGACGUGUUGGCUCAGAAGAUAGCAACCUUCACGGAUGUGGGCAACAGCCUGGCACACGUGGAGCACCUCCUGAAGGACCUUGCCAGCUUCGAGGAGAAGUCUAGCGCGGCCGUGGAGCGGGCUCACGCCCUGUCCCUGGACGGGGAGCAGCUCAUCGACAACAAGCACUACGCCGUGGACUCCAUCCGCCCCAAGUGCCACGAGCUCCAGCACCUCUGCGACCAGCUUGCCGCCGAGGUCGCGCAGAGGAGGGGUCUACUCAACAAGUCCCUGGAGCUGCACGGCCUCCUGGAGGCGUCCAUGAAAUGGUGCGAUGAGGGGAUUUACUUGCUGGCCUCGCAGCCUGUGGACAAGUGCCAAUCCCAGGAUGGUGCGGAGGCAGCCCUCCAAGAAAUUGAGAAGUUUUUGGAGACCGGUGCAGAAAAUAAGAUCCAGGAGCUCAAUAAAAUUUACCAGGACUACGAACCCAUCCUCACCCAAGACCUGAUGGAACACGUGCAGAAGGUCUUCCAGAAGCAAGAGAGUAUGGAAGAGAUGUUUCACCGGAGGCAGGCGAGCCUGAAGAAGCUGGCGGCCAAGCAGACGAGGCCCGUGCAGCCCGUGGCCCCCCGGCCCGAGGCGCUCACGAAGUCGCCCUGCCCCUCCCCAGGUGUCCGGAGAGGUUCUGAGAACAACAGUUCUGAGGGCAACGCACUCCGGAGAGGGCCCUACAGGAGGGCCAAGAGUGAAAUGAGUGAGAGCCGGCAGGGCCGGAGCAGCUCCACGGGGGACGAGGAGGAAAGCCUGGCCAUCUUGCGGAGGCACGUGAUGAACGAGCUGCUUGACACGGAGCGGGUCUACGUGGAGGAGCUGCUCUGUGUCCUGGAGGGCUACGCUGCCGAGAUGGACAAUCCACUGAUGACGCAUCUCAUCUCAGCCGGCCUUCAAAACAAGAAGGACGUCUUAUUCGGAAACAUGGAAGAAAUCUACCACUUUCAUAACAGAAUAUUCCUGAGGGAGCUAGAAAACUACAUAGACUGCCCAGAGCUGGUUGGAAGGUGUUUUCUAGAAAGGAUGGAGGAGUUCCAGAUCUACGAGAAGUACUGUCAGAACAAGCCCCGCUCCGAGAGCCUGUGGAGGCAGUGCUCCGACUGCCCGUUCUUCCAGGAAUGCCAGAAGAAACUGGACCACAAGCUGAGCCUGGACUCCUACCUGCUGAAGCCAGUCCAGAGGAUCACCAAAUACCAGCUGCUCCUCAAGGAAAUGUUGAAAUACAGCAAGAGCUGCGAGGGGGCUGAGGACCUGCAGGAGGCGCUGAGCUCCAUCCUGGGCAUCCUCAAGGCUGUGAAUGACUCCAUGCAUCUCAUCGCCAUCACAGGCUAUGACGGGAACCUGAGCGACCUGGGGAAGCUGCUGAUGCAGGGCUCCUUCAGUGUCUGGACGGACCACAAGAAGGGCCACGCCAAGGUGAAGGACCUGGCCAGGUUCAAGCCCAUGCAGCGACACCUGUUCCUGCACGAGAAGGCCGUGCUCUUCUGCAAGAAGCGGGAGGAGAACGGGGAAGGGUACGAGAAGGCCCCGUCCUACAGCUACAAGCAGUCCUUAAACAUGACAGCUGUUGGCAUCACAGAGAACGUGAAAGGGGAUGUGAAGAAGUUUGAGAUCUGGUACAAUGCCAGGGAGGAAGUUUACAUCAUACAGGCACCGACUCCUGAGAUUAAAGCAGCGUGGGUGAAUGAGAUCCGCAAGGUGCUGACCAGCCAGCUGCAGGCUUGUCGAGAGGCCAGCCAGCACAGGGCACUGGAGCAGUCCCAGAGCCUGCCUCUGCCAGCAUCGUCCAACACGAGUCCUUCGAAAGGGAAUGCAAGAAACGUCAAAAAGUUGGAAGAAAGAAAAACUGACCCCCUAAGCCUGGAAGGAUAUGUGAGCUCAACGACAUUGCCAAAGCCCCCCGAAAAGGGCAAAGAUGACACAGUCACUAGCUCUACCUCAGAAAGCUCUGCGCUUUCCAAGAAGCGCUUUACUCUGCAGGGCUUUGCUAACCUCAAAGGUCAGAAAGCUUCUCCUACCAGUCCUGACAAAAAAGCUAAGCGACAUGAAGUUAAGAGCGAUCCAACGCCUUUUGGGUUACGAGGUUGGAGCAAAACAUCUCACCCAUUGGAGGCCCCUGAGGACAACGACGGCUGGUCGAGUGCUGAGGAGCCGAUUAAUUCCUCAGAUGCGGAGGAAGAAGGCGGAGUGGGCCCCAGGAAGCUGGUUCCAGGGAAGUACACCGUGGUGGUGGACGACGAGAAGGGAAGCCCCAACACGCUGGCCGUGAGGAGCGGAGACGUGGUGGAGGUGGUCCAGGAGGGCGAGGAGGGCCUUUGGUAUGUCAGGAACCUGACCUCCAGCAAGGAGGGCUGGGUGCCGGCCAGCAGCCUGUCCAUGCUCCUCGGCAAGUCCAGCUCGGCGCAGUGCUUGAGCAGCCCAGAGUCCAGCGCAGGGUCCGCUCUGCUGAGCAACUCCUCCAGCUGCAGCGAGAGCUGCGGCGCCCCCCUCUCUGACCUGCAGGGGUAGCACCCGCCGGGCCCCCCGGUGCAGGAGGCAAGCCUGCGGACCCCUAAGUUUUCCUUUGCUUGGGCUUGCCUAGUUUGGUGAGGGGACGGUGCUCUAAGACGCCCUGGACAAGGAGGACCCUGACAAGACCCGGUCGAGGAGCUGCCGCUGCCCACGGAACCUCGUGGUGCAGGACGUGGGGACAUGCAGAGCAAAGGCUCAGGAAGAGUCUGCCCUCCAGCCUCCACGCCAGGAUCCCCUCCCAGGGCACAGGCCCCGGCUCCCAGGGGAAGACCAGAACACCAAGCUUCCUGGGAAAAUCGGAAAGUCUGGGGGUGCCGCAGGCCAACAGACCACCUGUGAAGAAGGGCUCCGAGAAGGGGCCACCCCUUCCGGCCUCCGCCAGGCAGCCAGGGAGGAGCCGGUCCCCACCGCUCUGCUUCGGUUUCUGACAUUUCUGGUCCGGUGCUUUCGCAGGGAUGUGCAUACUAUGGGGCUGCUUCCAAAAGCCGUCACUGAUUCACUGACCCAACAGCUUGAAGAGAGAGGGGGUGGGGGGGACUCUUUUGUCUUCUACACAUUUUUUUUAAAGCAGGGACGAAUCCCACGGCCAUUUUUCAUGGUACUUUGGCCUCUGAUCUUUACCAAGAAUCACUGUGUUUACAUGAAAUGACAAUUUGAUACCGCAUUUGAUAUAAAACUAUUUUUUUGUUACUGGGGUUUACAUGGCAGCACGUUGUACAUGCCGCAGAAUGGUUUGGGGGACUCUCUCGUGGAAAUUGAUGGCAGUCUCUGAAGCCCACCUGGUAGCAGGUGAAUGAAAAUAUGUCCCUUGAUAAAAUCAGGCAGCAUUUCUACACACGAAAGCAGUUAGAAACCAAGGAAAUGUCUUUACCUGUGUAGUUAAUUUUCGAAAGGACAUUUAAACUAUAAGUUAAAAUACUAACCUUCUUUUCUACAAAAAAAAAAGUGGGGACUCUUGAUUUUUUUUUUAACAAGCUUCACUGAAUUAGGAUUUUUAAAUUGUUUUUUAAAAAAAUACAUAAAGAUGCAUUUUCUGCAGGGUAUCAUCUGAACCAAUGAUGUCAUAUGUAGCUUAGUGCAAACCUGAGCUCAACUCGCCUCUGCCUCUUCCAACCUCCUCCACCUGCACACGGAGUAAAAUCGCCCUGCGUGUUCUGUAUAAAAUCACCCGGAGUAUAGAAAUUUAAAGGUGCAGAGUUUAUUUUAUUCCAAUCAAAGCAGAACUGGAAAGAAAACUCUUCUGUUUUACCUUUUUUGUGUGUUUCAGAAACACCUUCUGUUCUUUGGAAACACUCUCUGUAUCGGCUGGGGCAGAUAUUUUUAUAUGUGUGUAUAUAUGUUGAUGCGUGUACAUAUGUAUCCAAUGUAAGGGAUGUAUUUAUAGCCUCCAUGCUGCUGGAUAUUGUCACUUUACAGCCCUCCCUGAGCCCGGGCCCUGCCGUAGCGAGGCCGACAGGCUUCCUCCCACCACCAUGGGCAAGGCCUCAUCGCUAGCCAGGCCUUGGAGUGUGGUAAUAAACCAGUAAAUGUGCAAGACCUGGCAGCUUUUCUUCUGGUGUAUAAAUUAUUUGAAAAAAAAAUGAUGUGUCUCAUAAUUUAAUUAAUAUAUUGAUUGUUCAGACACCGUUCCUGCCAUCUCAGCCCGGGAUUGCCCACCAUUUUUUGUGAUCGCUUCCUCAUAAAGGCACUUUAAAACCUCAUGUCUUAGUCACUGUUUUGUGUGUUUUUUUCUGCUGAUGUAAAUGAAAUUUGAAAAUCCGAGUUCUUUAUUAUAUGGAUGGAGUUUGAAUAAAUAUCAGCAACUCUU